AUGUUGAAGGAAAAAAAUGGUGACACCAGCAACAACUGGGCUCGUAUAUGCGACACGUGCCAAUCCGCAGUGUGCACGGUGUACUGCCGGGCUGACGCGGCCUACUUGUGCACCGGCUGCGACGCCCGCAUCCACGCUGCCAACCGGGUGGCUUCGCGGCAUGAGCGCGUGUGGGUGUGUGAAGCCUGUGAACGUGCUCCGGCCGCCUUUUUAUGCAAAGCUGAUGCCGCGUCCCUCUGCACCACCUGUGAUGCUGACAUCCACUCGGCCAACCCACUAGCACGCCGCCACCAACGCGUCCCCAUUUUGCCGAUACCUGGCUCACUCCACGGCCCCUCUGCCGCCACCCCAAGUUCUUUAAUAAUAUCUCCAACUGGGGAUGCCGAUGCCGAUGCCGAUGCUGAUACUGAUACCUAUGACGAUGAAGAAACAGCUUCAUGGUUAUUGCUAAACCCUGUCAAGAAUAGUGAAAAUGAAAGGAACAAUGAAGUUGAUGAUUAUUUAGACCUUAAUGAGUACAAUUCAUGUCAAGAAAUUCACUUCACUGAUGAUCAGUACAACAAUCAGAAGCAACAAUACAAUGUUCCUGAUGAUGAUCAAAAAAUGUACAGUGGUGAUAGUGUUGUGCCAGUUCAGUAUGGAUCAAAGGGUAAAGAAGAGCUGUUUGAUCUAAACAGUUUUCAAUUAGGGUUGGAGUAUGAUGUCUCCAAUGCUGGCUAUGGCUAUCCAGCCAUGGAUGUUGGAGUUGUACCAGAAUCAAGAUUGAGUGAAGUUUCUUCAUCAGUCUCCCAGCAAAGACCCUCAAAAGACACAGUUGAUCUUUACUCAAGUCCACCUAUCCAAAUGCCAACACAACUUUCUGCCAUGGACCGAGAGGCCCGAGUCUUAAGGUACCGGGAGAAGAAGAAGAUGAGGAAGUUCGAGAAGACAAUUAGAUAUGCAUCGAGGAAGGCCUAUGCAGAAACCCGACCCCGGAUCAAAGGUCGAUUUGCAAAAAGAACAGAUGUUGAUCAAAUGUUCUGUACAAGUCUAAUAGUUGAUAGUAAUGGAUAUGGCAUGUCACCUCAGGUAAUGGCAGCUAGGAGUUCAAAUGUAAGACUUCGAAGCACUCAACAAAAGUGCAUCAAGAUCGAACUACGGGAUAUUCACUUUGAAAUACAUAAACUUUUUGCAAAUGAAGAUGGAUGUAUGCAAUUCACUUGA